AUGGAAGACAAGCUUUUAGUCAUUUUAUGUUCUCGUUCUAAGCUUCACAUAAUUUCAAAUUUAUGUUCCCAAAUAUUGGAAAUUUUUCCAAUCAAGAAUAACCAAUAUUUAGAUGCAACAGAUGAAUUAAGCAAAUCACUUAAAGCAUCAGGGAAAUUCAGUCAUUUGAUAUCUUCGGUAGAAAUGGCAUUGAAGAUAUCGCAAGAACCUUCAGCACAUCCUGUGGAAGACCUGGAUAUCAUUAGUAAUGUUGCUGAUAAAUUAAAGACUGUAAAACAAACCAUUGGAUUUCAGUUUAAGAAAGUGGUAGCCAAUCCUAGUGACAGUGUGAUGUGGAAAGUGCUGGCCAAUCAGAUGACAUCACUUUUUAAAGACACUAUUGAGUUACUUUAUCUAGUUAAGAAGACAGAAGAGAAGGAAUUACGGUAUCUUGUACAGAACGUUCAGGAGAAUUUGAAAAAAAUAUCUACUACAGAGGAACAAGUAAAUAUUUCUAAGUUAAAGGAAGUUUACCAGUUGCUGACUAAGCUCUUGAUUCUCGGUGAUCAGUACCAUAAGGAUUUGACGCUGAAAGUUCACCAACAUCAGAUGAAAGUGGCUUUACUUCUUUUACAGAGUAGUGGUAUAUUUUUGGCUAGGAUUCUUAAACUUUUACCUCAUUUUACUGGCUGUGCACGUAGUAAGUUUCAGGCUUGUGUAGAACUGGUGACGCAACAGAUGGAGGUUGUAUUGGAUAGUCUCUGUGAUACAACAAAAGUGGACUCCGAUGUUGAAGAUAUGGGACACUUUGUCCUCACUGUUGACAAGGUUUUAGAAGACUUGUCUGUUCCUGAAGGAAUGACAGAUGUUCUACAUGAAAAUGACCAAGUUGAAGAAAUAGUAAAAUUCAGUAUGGCUGUUGCUCAUCUGUUAAAAGGAGUUACUAGAGAACAAAUUACUCAAAGUUGUCAUAGGGUUUUGCAGCAGAGGACUAAACUGUUGAUGUAUCAACAGGCUGAUGUGUCUUUGUGUGAACUACCUGUUGAUUCUUUUGAUGGAGAACGGGAAAAGGUGGUAGAAGAAAUAGAAAUGUUGGAACGUCAUGUGAAUGAAGGGGUACUUCGAUUGAUUGCAGAAAUAUUCACAGAAACUACAGAACCUCUAGAUCGCAUGCUAGGUGUUGCAUUUGAAAUUGGAAAAAGCUGUGCAAAGAAAGACAACUUGAUAAACAUGAAGUCAGUCCAUGAACCUUUCUUUACUACUCUGGAACAUUUGAUCCAGGAAUUUCUUCGUCAUGCUGAUUCCAUGUACCAAGUAUCCAGAUUUGUUGUUGGCUGUUCUACAGAUACACCAGGGUUGCAGUCAGUACUCACAUGUGUUAAAAUGUUGGAGCUUCUAGAUCCUGAACUGGUGCCUUUAACAGUGUCUUAUGCUAAAGAAUACACUAAUGAUACUCUUGUCUCUCUUCAUCUUCUCCAAGAGGAGUGGCAUAAACAAGUGAAAAAUCUUAUUGCAUCAAUUAUUCGGGUCUCAGACACGCAAGCAUUUCUUGAUGUGCUUGAUAUACUAAUUAGACAGUCAUUCGAAACUCUUGUGGACUUCGUUUAUGACCGGAACAGAGAACAGCUUAAGGUGCUUGCCAAGACCAUGACUGGCAAAGCAGAACUUGUUGCAGAAGUGUUUAUGCUUGUCAUUGAAGAUGCACAAAACUCAGGAAAGUGCAAAGACCAACCUGCUCUUUUAAGCAACUUGAAAUCUGCUAUCAAGAGUGUUCAUGCACUACGCCAUGAAUUAGCAGAAGAGCCGUCUGAACCAGCUAUUCAAGAGAAGCUUAAAAAAAAGGCCGAAGUCAUGCAGCAAAUGGUCGGCAGGAUAAGAGAGUCAUGUGUCACUCUUCAAUGCGGCAGAAAUGUUCACACCACCAGAAGAAAGAAAAGUACAUGUAGCAUGUUGGGUCAAAAUGCAGUGAAUCCAUUUAGCGUGCUAGGCCAGAAUGGAGUGAAUCCACUUACUGUCACGAAAGCCUACUCACCAGGAAUUAAUGGACUUCCUGUGGAUACUGAAGAUGAAGAAAGUAAUAGUAGAGAAACACUAAACUUUGACUUUACAGAAAUUUUAGAAGCCCAAAAGGGAGCACAAUCUACAUUUAACACUCCGGAUAAAGAUGUAUCACUUCUUAUUGCAGCUGUGUUGAAAAACCAAGAGAAUUCUGCAUUAAAUUCAUCCAUUGUUCCUACUUUAAAUAACUCUACAUUAAUGGAUAAAUUAGCGACCUCUCGCAGAGAAAGACGAUCUAGGUUAUUUAGUUCAUCACCCUCUUUUAGAACAACAAAUGCAGAAGUAUCACUAAGAAGAUCUCUCCUGAACAAAAACAAGCUGGUGGAUGCUGAAUCUGAUGCCUUGAAAAACCUCCAGCAGUUGAUAAAUUCCGAAGAUACUGUCCAGUAUUAGAAGUCUGUAUUUUAGAAUAAUAGUGGUAGUUUAAUUUUCUGUUUGUUUAGACAACUCCUCCUGAACAAGUUAAUAAUCAUAAUUUGGAGCUCUUAAAUUCAUUUAUGAUAUCUGACAAAUAAUGUGAUGACCCUUAUACAACAAGCCAGGUUAAGAUCCAUAGUGUGAAAAAUGCUUGAAUAAAACUUGAUAGAGAAAAAUAGAUAAACAGUGUUAUUCUUAAACAUAAAUUAUGAAUAUAUUUUAAUCAAAAUACUUAGUCGUACAAUCCUAUUCUUGUUUUCUUAAUGCAAUGCUACACAAUAAUCUUUCUGCAGUCUGUCCACCCUGAAGAAUUGAACAUAGGAUUUUAGUGUUUUAAGCCAUAAACUUACCUCUGAUCUACUGAAGAACUCCUGCAAUCCUAACUGAAUGUAACUCAUUCAAAGAUGCAUAUAAUAUCAUUGGUUUAUCUUGAUCAAAGUAAAUUCUUGUAUAUUAUAUAUACAUAUGUUUUUGUUAGGUUGACACGGUCAUUUUGAGAUUUUUGAUAAAAAAACAACAGCAUAUUUUAUAGCAUUAAAAAAUAAUUUAUUAUUACUGCAGUAGACGGGUCUGAUAGUUAUAAUUUCUAUUCUGUGUUACAGAAGAUUGCUUUGUCAAAAUUUUACAAUCAUGACAAACACUUUGUAAUGAGAAAACAAUAAAAUAAAGUGAUGAAUGUGCUAAAAAAUAAUUUCAUCUGUUACUAUAAAACACAACAAAUAAUUGUUAUUACAUUUUAUCAUCAUCGGUGUUUAGGUCUUAAAGACCUGGGAGGGUCAGAUGCAGGCUGUUACGUGUUCAAACGUUCUCCAAGGGCCUUUUUUUGAGGAGGAUAACAUGAAUGUCAUCUUCUCCUAGAGCUUUGUUUUUUGUUGCUUUAAUUGCUUGCUUAACUUCUAUUUCUGUUAUGGUUUUUGUCUACUGAUAUGUUACAUGAUUUUCGUUUGUAUCAUCAUUUGUUUGGUCAUUGUGUAUUUUAGCAGAUUCAUGUUUUGCGUUACAUUCUUGUUCACUUCAUUAAAGAAAUGUGAAUUUAUGUCUGGUUCAUGGUGUGUCCAGAACGUGUAUUGUAUGUGUUCUUUAAAUGUUUCAGCCUUUUUAAAGUUUGUGUGUGUGCCAAAGUGUUAUGUUAGGUUGAAUUUUCUGUACUUGUGAAUCAUUUUAAAUGUGUCCAGAAUUGUUUUGGGUUGGUUGUUUCAUUUAAUUGUGAGCAAAAUUGAUCCCAGUUACCUUGUUUUAGUUCUCAAACUUCUUUUUGGAUUUUGUUUCUUGAGUGUAUUUAUUUGCAUUUUAAUUGUAGGAUCUCUAUUUUGCAUGUAUUGUCUACAUAGCUUUU